AUGUCUACUCACACUGUAACUGAAUCUGAACUUGUAAAGUUUAGUGAGGACCUACGUAAUGCUGCAAAUAACCUUAAAAUUGCUUGUAUGUCCCUUCGUAGUUGCUAUGUUACAAAUGCUUCAUCCGUUCAGGAAUUCGUUGCUCUGCGUCGUAAAAUUACCAAUCACGCCACAGUCUACAGCAGGGUGAUUUUACCAUCUGCGAACGUAGUUGUUCAAAAUAUUCAAGAUUUUGUUGAAACCUAUACCGCGUUAAGCUAUGAUGAUUUCAAGGAAUGUAUCGAGGAUUUAGCUAAUGGUGCUCAUAGGAACCAAGAUAUGGCUUCCUAUACCAAGUUACUUCACCAGGAAAUUCUUGCCAAUUUUAAAAAUGAAGAAAACAACGUAAAUAUUGUUUUGAAAAAACUUGAAAAAGAUACAGAGUGGUAUAAAGCACGGGCAAAGCAAUUAAGAGAAUUAAGUAAUGUUAAGACAAGCUGGGCGAUUGGUUUGUCACUUAUUCCUGGCGUAAACUUCAUCGCGAGUCCUAUUUUGUGGUAUAGUGGUAAGGAAGACCUUGUUGAAGCAAUUGCAAGUGAAGAGGAAUCAAAGUUGGCUGUAGCCGCUACAUUCAUUAUUCGAGAUGUCCUCCAGACUUCACUUCUCAACUUUGCUCAAGCUUUAGCUGAUAUUUCCGGUUUCUUCAACAUUCUUCAAAACGAACUAAGUAUCCUCGCUCGUAAUAGCGAUGACGGGGUUACAAAGUUACACUAUUACAAGUGUAGAAAUAAAGUACCUGCCAUCGUUGCCGCCUGUCACUUUUACAUGAAAAGUAUCCCUGAUUGCCAAACUGACCUUAUGACUAUUCCCAAUGACAUUGAUAAAAAUUAUGUACAGCAAUGGCUUUUAGAAAAAAAAGCAAGGAUAGGAAAUAUAAAUCUUUCGUUUUUGGAAAUGGGAAGAAAUUUAUUCAAUUCAAAUGCUCAAUUUGUAAGAUUAUUAGAAAACGUAUAA